AUGAACCAAACUGCCAGCGUGUCCCAUAACAUCAAGUGCCAGUCCUCCUCAAAAACAAUCAAGGAGCUGGGAAGUAACAGCCCUCCACAGAGAAACUGGAAGGGGAUUGCUAUUGCCCUGCUGGUGAUUUUAGUUGUAUGCUCACUCAUCACUAUGUCAGUCAUCCUCUUAACCCCAGAUGAACUUACAAAUUCAUCAGAAACCAGGUUGUCCUUGGAAGAUCUCUUCAAGGAUGACUUCGUACUUCAUGAUCCAGAAGCCCGAUGGAUCAAUGAUACAGAUGUGCUGUAUAAAAGCGAGAAUGGACAUGUCAUUAAACUGAAUAUAGAAACAAAUGCCACCACAUUAUUAUUGGAAAACACAACCUUUGGAACCUUCAAAGCAUCAAGACAUUCUGUUUCACCAGAUUUGAAAUAUGUUCUUCUGGCAUAUGAUGUCAAACAGAUUUUUCAUUAUUCGUAUACUGCUUCAUAUGUGAUUUACAACAUACACACUAGGGAAGUUUGGGAGUUAAAUCCUCCAGAAGUAGAGGACUCCGUGUUGCAGUAUGCGGCCUGGGGUGUGCAAGGGCAGCAGCUGAUUUAUAUCUUUGAAAAUAAUAUCUACUAUCAACCUGAUAUAAAGAGCAGUUCAUUGCGACUGACAUCUUCUGGAAAAGAAGGGAUUAUUUUUAAUGGAAUUGCUGACUGGUUGUAUGAAGAAGAACUUCUGCAUUCUCACAUCGCCCACUGGUGGUCACCAGAUGGAGAAAGGCUUGCCUUCCUGAUGAUAAAUGAUUCACUGGUGCCUAACAUGGUUAUUCCUCGGUAUACUGGAGCAUUGUAUCCCAAAGGAAAGCAGUAUCCGUAUCCUAAGGCAGGUCAAGUGAACCCAACAAUCAAAUUAUAUGUUGUUAACCUAUAUGGACCAACUCAUACUUUGGAACUCAUGCCACCCGACAUCUUUAAAUCAAGAGAAUAUUAUAUCACAAUGGUUAAAUGGGUAAGCAAUACCAAGACAGUGGUCAGAUGGUUAAACCGACCUCAGAACAUUUCCAUCCUCACAGUCUGUGAGACCACAACUGGUGCUUGUAGUAAAAAAUAUGAGAUGACAUCAGAUACGUGGCUCUCCAAGCAGGAUGAGGAGCCCGUGUUUUCUAGAGAUGGCAGCAGAUUCUUUAUGACAGUUCCUGUUAAGCAAGGGGGCCGUGGGGAAUUCCACCACAUAGCCAUGUUCCUCGUCCAGAGUAAAAGUGAGCAAAUUACUGUGCGACAUCUGACAUCAGGAAACUGGGAAGUGAUAAAAAUCUUGGCGUAUGAUGAAACUACUCAAAAAAUUUACUUUCUGAGCACGGAGUCUUCUCCCAGAGGGAGGCAGCUGUACAGUGGAUCUACUGAAGGAUUAUUGAAUCGUCAAUGCAUUUCAUGUAAUUUUAUGAAAGAACAAUGUACAUAUUUUGAUGCCAGUUUUAGUCCCAUGAAUCAACAUUUCUUAUUACUCUGUAAAGGUCCAGGGGUCCCAAUGGUCAGCCUACAUAGCACGGACAAUCCAGCAAAAUAUGUUAUAUUGGAAAGCAAUUCCAUGCUAAAGGAAGCUAUCCUGAAGAAGAUAAUGAGGUCCAGACUUUUAACAGUUUCUAUCGAUGACUAUGAACUUCCUUUACAGUUGUCCCUUCCCAAAGACUUUAUGGACGAAAACAAGUAUGCUCUUCUGUUAAUAAUGGAUGAAGAACCGGGAGGCCAGCUGGUCACAGAUAAGUUCCACAUUGACUGGGAUUCAGUGCUUGUCCACACAGAUAACAUCAUCAUUGCACGAUUUGAUGGCAGAGGAAGUGGAUUCCAGGGCCUGAAAAUUUUGCAGGAAAUUCAUCGAAGGUUAGGUUCCGUGGAAGUAAAGGACCACAUAGCAGCUGUGAAAUAUUUAUUGGCACAACCAUACAUUGACUCCAAUAGAUUAAGCAUUUUUGGAAAGGGGUACGGUGGCUAUGUUGCAUCAAUGAUCUUAAAAUCAGAUGAAAAGCUUUUUAAAUGUGGAUCAGUAAUUGCACCCAUCACCGACUUGAAGUUGUAUGCUUCAGCUUUCUCUGAAAGAUACCUCGGUAUGCCAUCUAAAGAAGAAAGCACAUACCAGGCAUCAAGUGUGCUACAUAACAUCCAUGGCUUAAAAGAAGAAAAUAUAUUAAUUAUUCAUGGGACUGCUGACACAAAAGUUCAUUUCCAGCACUCAGCAGAAUUAAUAAAACACCUAAUAAAGGCUGAAGUGAAUUAUACUAUGCAGGUCUAUCCAGAUGAAGAUCAUAGCAUAUCUGAGAAGAGCAAGUAUCAUCUCUACAGCACAAUCCUCAGAUUCUUCAGUGAUUGCUUAAAGGAAGAAAUACCUAUGAUACCACAGGAACCAGAAGAAGAAGAAGAUGAAUAA